AUGAAGCCCGCCACUAGCGUCGCUGCAGACUCUCCAUCACCGUCCACAUUCACAGCAGACAAUAGCGCAGGGAGGAGGAAGAGGAGACAGCACCGGGCUCCCUCACCGGCAACAGCCCAGGAACGGGCCACAAAGCGAGCUCAGAGACACCGAGGCCGGUCCGCAUCUCCUCUCAGCAAGGGAAGGAGCAGACACACUCGGUUUAAGGAGACUCAGUGGUCCGCAGACGGAAGGGAGAGGGAGCCCGAGAGCCACGGCGGGGCAGCUGUUCAACCGGAUGGUGCUGAAGCUGGUGUAGUCGGAGCAAACAGGGCGGAUGCUGUCGAGGAGGAUCCGAUAAAUACAUCAACACCGGCUCGUCGUUCUACUCUACGCCUACCAUGCAUUAAAUCAGACUCCUCUCAGCGUUAUUUACCAGACAAAGCUUCCCUUUCUUCCACCUCUCCAGCGGAGGAGAGACGGAGAAGAGCUGGAGAGGAGAGCGGGAGAGGCGGCGUGUCUCUGGGCUGCAGCCCGGGCCUUAGUUUGGGUUUGUGGAGAGCAGGAUGCUUGCAGGCUGAAUUGAUCCAGUUUCACCUGCAUAAGAGACUGAAAAGACGCGGAACGAAGAUGCAAACCAAGACGGAAAACACAGGGACAGAGGAGGCCGCUGUGGGAGAGACGGAGCCGGCUGGAGAGGCUACAGAGGCGGGGUCCGUGACACAGCAGGACCAGGACCAGGAUCAGGCCUAUGAAGACGAGAUGGAGAGGCUGCUCGAGGAAAAUGAAGAUCUUAAGCUUGAAAUUGAGGAGAUGAGGACCGAGAUGGACGAGAUGCGGGACACGUUCUACGAGGAAGACACUUGUCAGCUGCAAGAGAUGAGGCGUGAGCUGGAGAGGGCCAACAAGAACUGCCGGAUCCUGCAGUACCGUCUGAGGAAGGCAGAGAGGAAGAGACUCCGCUACGCCCAGACGGGGGAGAUCGAUGAGGAGCUUCUCAGGAGUCUGGAGCAGGAUCUGAAGGUAGCAAAGGAUGUGUCCGUGAGGCUGCACCAUGAGCUGGAAAAAGUGGAAGAAAAACGCACAAAGACAGAGGAAGAGAAUGAGAAACUGAGACAAAAACUUAUUGAGGUAGAGGUGACCAAACAAGCCUUGCAGAAUGAACUUGAUAAAACCAAAGAGUCUCAAAAGAGAAGAGGAAGCAAAGAUGCCCAGAAGACAGACAAGAAAUCUGCACAGACUCCUACAGAGGAGGACAACGAGGACCUUAAGUGCCAGCUAGCUUUCAUCAAAGAGGAGGCUGUGCUUAUGAGAAAGAAGACAGCCAAGAUUGACAAAGAGAAGGACCGCUUGGAGCAAGAGCUGCAGAAGUACCGUUCCUUCUAUGGAGAACUGGACAGCACCCAUCCUAAAGGAGAGGCUGGAGGUCCGCCGACCACCCGCGAGUCAGAGCUAAAGCUACGGCUCCGUCUGGUGGAGGAGGAGGCCAACAUUCUGGGGAGAAAAAUAGUUGAACUGGAGGUUGAGAACCGUGGCCUCAGAGCGGAGUUAGACGAUCUACGUGGUGAAGGAGAAGGCGCUGGAAGCUCUGGGUGUGGAGCGAUGGGUGGACCAGGUGCAGGGCGAGGACUCGGCGAUGACUUGACAGAGCUUCGACAGCAGCUGCAGCUGGUGGAGGAUGAGGCAGAACUGCUUAGGAGGAACCUAGCUGAUGCUGAAGAUCAGAACAAGAGAGUGACUGCUGAGCUGAACAAGCUACGGUUCAAAGCGGGCACACAUGAGGGAGGCUCCAGGCAUGGGGGAGGAGCGGGAGGAGGUGCAGGAGGCACAGGGAUUGAUGGAGCAAAGGCAGAAGCUCUGCAGGAGGAGUUAAAGGCAGCAAGGCUACAGAUAAAUGAUCUAAGUGGCAAGGUGAUGCAGCUGCAGUAUGAGAAUCGAGUGCUCCUCUCCAACAUGCAGCGCUAUGACCUGGCCUCCCAUCUCUCCCUGCGGCCCAGCCCCCGGGACAGUGAUGCAGAGAGUGAUGCUGGUGGUGCAACAAGUGGUCGCCGUGAGAGCGAUGAAGACUCCACCUCCUCCCGCCUUCUACCGCCACACCGCAAACGUGAGGGCCCUGUGGGUGGGGAGAGUGACUCUGAUGAAGUCAGAAACAAUAACGGCAGCAGCCGUUGCAUGACACCCACACGGGGACUCUACACUCCUCCUGGACCUGAGGGUGCUGCCUCCUCUGCUUUGGCACGCUUCCUGCCUAGUGCCCGGUGCAGCUUGCGUGACAGACAGCAGAUGAUAGACAUACGUGUGGAAGCAGAGAGGCUUGCUCGGACCAUUGACCGACUCAUUGCAGAUACUGCCACAGUCAUCUCAGAAGCAAGGGUCUAUGUUUCAAACGGUGACCUGAUGUUUGGGAGAGGAGGGGAGGAGGGUGCAGAGGAUGAUGGGAGCAGGAUCAGGGAACAUGAGCUGCUUUAUCGCAUUAACGCUCAGAUGAAAGCUUUCCGAAAAGAACUGCAGUCAUUCAUUGACAGACUGGAAGUGCCGAGGCUCGAGGACAGGGAGACAGAUGAGCCACUUUCUAUGUUCCAACCGAUCAUUUUGCUCAUCCUCAUACUUGUGUUGUUCUCAUCCCUCUCUUACGCAACAAUCUUUAAACUAGUCUUUCUUUUUACUCUUUUCUUUGUCCUGUGACGUACGCCUCCCUUAAUUCACAUCAUUCCUUGUUUGUUUUUGCUCUUUUGAUUUUUUUCCCCCUCCCCGCAUCAUUUGUUGCCAAGGUAACCAAAAGCACAGGAAAAGCUCAGCACUUGCCAAGCCUGCAGUCAAACUCAAGACAGAGUGGCUAGAUUCAACACUGGAGUCUACAUUAUCCAUAACACAUCACUGACAGCAUCAGUUCCUCAAGCAGUGUUUCCAGGCCAUCGAUCCUUCUGCCCUAACUGGCUACCAGACAGUGACCUCUGACAGGGGAGUGAAACAGGAGUAGGGGGAAAUUGCCAUUUAAAAAGGCCUGUGGGUAUCGAGCUGCCCACGUCAUGGCAGC